AUGAAGUCCGCCUACCAACUCUCUCCUAUCCCGCCUUUCCGCGCCCAGACUCCCAAGACAACUUCAUCUUCGUUGUCCACUUCCUCAAACUCCCAAGCCACCGCCUUUACUGAGUCUAGCGAUGGUGCGGACGCAUCCUCUCAGCUGACUUCGUUUUCCUUCAACAAGAAGCGCCCACCACCCCUCAAAGGCUACUCCCGAUCGAAUCUCAGCUUGAUCGACUACGAUGGACCCUCAGCCCCCUUACCAUCUUCACCCCUCGGAACUGAACAGAUCAUCAACGAUAAUAACGGGGCCUCGCCUCGUAGUGGCUCCAGACCUCUGAGUCCACUUUCGAAAGGGCAACAAGACUCACACCGUGCCCCUGUCAAGUCGCGCUUCCUACCUGGCCGUCCUAGCAAUUAUGUCCCAGUAGUUCCUCGUGCUAACAUGAGUGCAUCCAAACAUCGCAAUUCGAACCAUGGAUCAAUCUUUAUGCCAAACACAGAUGCUAAUUUGACGCCACCGGCUACCCCAAACUCCCGUGAAGGGGUUUUUCUUCAAGCUAAAUCCCUUCUUUCGAAAUCCAUCAAUCCUCAGUUACCUCCCACGCCCAGUACUUCACCUUACCAGAAGGCCGCCCCCCUCGUACCCACCACGGUAUCAGCGAAAGCGCUAUCAACCCACAAGUUACAUCCAGUCUUUCUAGCCAAUUACACCCUGGGCGACGAACUAGGCAGUGGCGGCUUUGGAUUCGUGGUUCAAGCGACCAGAAAUGAGGAUUUGAUGCAGUGCGCAGUUAAGUUUAUUUACAAGGAGAAAAUCCCACAACAAGCUUGGGUCAAAGAUGAGCAUUGGGAAGAUGAUUCCGAUACUAAUGGAAUCAUGAGGACGAAGGAUGGGAUCAAGAGGGUCCCGCUAGAAGCUUAUGUACUCAAAACCAUUCGACACCGCGGAGUUGUGUCUUUUGUCGAUCUUUUCGAGGACAACACUUAUGUGUAUCUGGUUAUGGAACACCAUGGUUCUCCAUGGACAGCUUCCGAGAAGGAAAACAAAGCCCCUAGUUUCUUGAAAAAGUUACCGAUUGUCAACAGCUUACUGCAAUCUACCCCCAAGAAGCCCCUCCUCACAGGUGGGCUCAAGCUCGAGAUGGCCCCGGAAUCAAGGAAAGGCAGUCUUACGAUCCCGCCUCCCAUGCCGGGCAUGAUGCGUCGCUCCUCAUGUGACUUGUUCGAGUGCAUCGAGCAACACAGUCGUCUGCCAGAGAAAUAUGCCAAAUAUGUCUUUGCACAAUUGAUUGAUGUUGUUGGCUGUUUACACUACAACGGUUUCGUCCACCGAGACAUUAAGGACGAAAACAUCGUGAUCGAUGAUAAGUACCGAAUGAAGUUGAUCGAUUUCGGUUCAACUUAUCUCUUCGAUUAUCGUCAAGAGCCCCAAUCUCUCAACCGUUUCUUUGGUACUUUGAAUUUUGCCGCCCCCGAGCUGAUUAAGAAAGGUUCGUACCAGCCAAUGGCCGCCGAGAUUUGGUCCUUAGGAAUCCUCCUCUCGAUUCUCGUCACUGGCGAAUCUUUCUUCCACGACACCGAUGCCAUCAAGCACUACAAGGCUUCACCUCCAAACAACCCGGUCUCAGAGAGUUGUAUGGAUCUGAUCUUCCGAUGUCUAGCUUACAAACCCGAGGACCGAUGGAACUGUUUCAAGAUCCGAACUCAUCCUUGGUUGGCCGACUGCCAGUGGUCUUGGAGUGAUCUUCCCACCGAUGCUUGCACCGAAAGCAUCGCUCGUGUCCGAAAGCUUUAGAAGCUUUAGAAAUUGCAGCUCUGAUAAACUUCCCUUCAAUAAAACCAAAAAAAAAAUGUAUAUGUGAGAUUCGUGAUUGCUGUUGUACUAUGGAGAAAUUGAUUCUUGUCGACUAGCUUCGUGAUCAGCUUUGUAUCUUAUUAGUUGAUGUGCCGUAGCUUCAUCUCUGCCCUCCCCUCCCUCCCCCCCACUUUCGCUUCCCCUUUGGACUUCUCGAGCUCUCUGGCUAUUGCUCUAGCCAUCUGUGUGGUGACCUAUCUAUCUCAUACAUCAAACUCUUCCACUUUGACUUGUUUGUACCUUUUCUGCGGUUUUCUUCUCAUUUCAUUUUCAUCCAUUUACUAUCAUAUCUCUCCACCCUCCUCAUUCUUCGAUUGGUGGUGUAAUAUCAAUAUUAUUAUUAUUUGCUCAGGA